GCUUCUAUAAUUGCAAUUUACUCAAUCUGGAAUUGGCCUAUAUAAACUGAUUGAAAUAUUGAGAAAAUUAUCAGAUACAUUUUGUACAUCGUUACAAAGUCAUUAAAGCAAUUUUUGUUUAGUAAAAUAUUUUAAAAUAAAAUUUAUAAACAUGAAGUUCGUAAUUGCCGUAGUCAUGUUAGCCCUCGUUUAUGGUGCUCAAUCAUCAGUUGUACCAUUAUCAUAUACAGCUGUACAUGGUCCAACGCUGUUAGCUGCUGCACCAGCUGCUCCAGUUAUUGUUGCUAGUCAUCCAGUAGCUACAGUAUUAGCUGCUGCACCAGCACCAGCUGCCGUUGCUGUACAUCCAGUAGCUGUUGCUGCACCAGUUAUUGCAGCUGAAGGAACAUAUGUAGCACAAACACGUGGUGCUGUUCAUGUAGCACCAUUAGCUGGUCAUGCAAAUUCAGCUUCAUCAGUUAAUUUGGAACCAGCACCAGGAACAAUAUAAAUUCAUUAAAAAACUCAUCAUUUUGAAAUUUAAAUACGAAAUUAAUGAAGAUAAUAUAGAACUGCUUUUUAGACCAAAUAUGAAAAAACAAAACACAAAAUUUACUAUGUUGCACUAAAAUCUGAUCAGCAUUAAAAAUUCAAUUUUUGGAAAGAAAAUUAAAAAAAAAGAAAUUGAAAUAUUUUUUUGCUUAUAACAACAAAAAAAAUGAAGACGCUUUCAUUAUCACAUACUUACCAUACUUGUAAAUUUUUAUAUUUUCUUUAUAUCAAGCACAUAUACGUAACAGCAUACAAAAAAAACCAAUAAGAAAAGAUUCAUUUUUUAUGUCCUUUUUUUAGUUUUUCCCCUGUUUUUAUUGCAAAAAAGAAAAAUGAAAAAAAAAAAAUAUGUAUAAAAAAAACAAAAAUAAAAUUUAGCUAAGGAAAUUAAAAA